AUGCCUUCCCAACGGCGUGUGCGACUGCUUGUCGUCGCUGUGAUCGCGAUGUUGGUCUUGACGUUUUAUUACUCGGGCGAAGCAAGCAAGAUCCAAAACCAGAAAUUCUACCGAUCUACACUAGAGGCAAUGCGGGCCAAGGAAGAAGCGAAACAUGCGAAACCGAAGGAUACCAUUGUCAAGCCCGGCGCCGGUGCGCAGGUUGGCAGCGCUGAUGUCGAGCGACCUGCGGUGCCUGUGGCGAAAGCGGCGGAGGACAAGAGCAAGAGUGAGGAAAUGGAGGAGAUAUCUAUUGCGGGGCGGACGAAGAUGACGGUACCUAAGGUUAAGGGCGCUCAGGAUUCGUCUUUGAUUACGGGGGUUUCGGAUGAAAAGAAGAAGGUGGAAGAAGAGAACGAGAAAGAGGAGGGAAAAGAGAAAGAGACGCCUGAGCAGAUGGAUGCGAAGAGCGAGUUGAAUUCGAUUUUGAAGAGAGCUCCAGUCAUUAUAUUCUCCAAAUCCUACUGCCCGCACAGCAAGAGAGCCAAGAACAUCCUGCUCGGCCACUACGAUAUCACACCGGCGCCUUACGUCGUCGAACUAGACCAGCACCCGAUCGGACCGGCACUUCAACAGCUUCUGAGGGAGAACACUGGACGAGGUACCGUUCCAAAUGUUCUUGUCAAUGGCAGGAGUAUUGGAGGUGGAGAUGAUGUGGCUGCCCUGGAUCAGAGCGACGAGCUGGUAUCGAAGCUACGACAAUUGGGCGGCAACUGGCUUUCGGAGGUCAAGCAUAAGACUCCGGAAUCUGCCCUAAGCGACGCACAAUCCCGUGACGUUCAAUUUCGCUCCACCAUCAACUCCAACCCGAAUUUUGAUCCUCCCGACAUCGACAAUUCAACCCCCUCGGCCAAUUCCACCCACGCAGUCAAGAUGCGGUACAUUCACUCCGAGGAACGGCUGCCCAUUCCGGACAAUGUGAAGGUUCACAUUCGUUCGCGGGUUGUGACCGUCGAGGGCCCCCGCGGCAAGCUCGUCAAGGACCUGUCCCACAUUGCCGUUACCUUCGGUCUCCCCGAGAAGGACGUUAUCUCGAUCGAGCUGCACCACGGUGCUCGCAAGGGUGUCGCUACCCUCCGCACCGUCCGCACCAUCAUCAACAACCUGAUCAUCGGUGUUACCCGCGGCUUCCUGUACAAGAUGCGCUACGUCUACGCCCAUUUCCCCAUCAACGUCAACAUCGAGAAGAACGCUGAGACCGGCGGCACCGACAUCGAGAUCCGCAACUUCUUGGGUGAGAAGUACGUCCGCCGUGUGUCUGCCCGCCCCGGCGUCGACAUCGUCACCUCUACCAACGUCAAGGAUGAGCUCCAGCUCUCCGGUAACUCCCUGGAGGACGUCUCCCAGAGCGCCGCCGACAUUCAGCAGAUCUGCCGUGUCCGGAACAAGGAUAUUCGUAAGUUCUUGGACGGUCUGUACGUGUCCGAGCGGACCAACAUCAUUGAGGAGUAA